GAAGAAACGCAAAGACAAGUUUCUUCUCAAGUCGAUCGCAGACUUGGGUGGGUUGAGUCGACAAUGUGCGCCAGCCGAACUCCGACGAGGGCAGAGGUGACGGGAUGGAGCCCGGUGCAACUGGCCAACUACCUGAGAAAGAUGAGCCUGACUGGAUGUGACGCAGUUGUCAUCAAGAACUCCAUCAGCGGAAGCAGAUUCGUUGAUCUGACUGAAAACGAUCUGCAGAAGUUUCCCAAGCUUCACAUCCCGUUGAUCUACAAGAUCAGCGCUGAGAUCAGCAGGAAGGAAGAGCGGAGAAGAUUCUUCACCAAAAAGACUCCAACACCGAAAUACCCAGACCCUGCGGAAAACGUUGUGGGCUGGGCGGACGACGAGUUUGACGAUGACGCCAACUACAGCAGUGACGACAACGACUACGUGGAUCCGAACAGUAGCGACGACAACGGCUAUGAGGAUCCGAACAGCGACGACGAUAAUGCCGACCGGUACGAGGAUCCUCCGCGAGAAGACCUCAACCACUUGCGAACAAGUGAAGUGAAAAUAAGCAACAGUGACUACAUCGACAACAGAGACCACCACCCCUCAGCCAGACCACCUGAGCUGUUGCCCCGGCCCAUGCCCUCCACCCUCCCAAAAGUGUCCAGAAGAGACCACUCUCCGCAUGUUCACAGUCAGCUGCCCGAGCGGGGUCAGCCGCCGAAGCCUCAGAUAUUCCGCGACAAAAAGCCAGGUCGGGAUUCUGGACCCAGCCCGUCUCCUCUUCUGGGUGCCAGCCACCGGGGGAGUGAAGUGAGUUACCUCCAAGAUGGCGCCACAGACUCCUCCUCCAACUGUAACUUUCAAUUUUCUUCUCCCUGGCAGCAGCGCAGCAGCGCCAACAGGGCUCCGAUCGAACCUCCUGGUCCACGUCCCCAGCCCAAGCCCUGGACUCCUGCUCCCAGGUAUGAAGACGACGGAUGGGUAAGUGUGAUGAUGACUGUAGCGACGACGACAACACCACUAACUAAACCCUUCUCUCUCACAGAAGAUGGACGACGUGAGCAAACGCCGCACCUUCCCUAUGAGCCCCUCCCGCCCUGUGGAGAACAUCAGCCCUGGCAACAGCUUACCCACUGGAAUCAAACCUGCCAUUCCACCUCCGGUGCUGAGCGAGCCUCCGUCCCGUGCUUCAGCGUCCCCAAGGUAAGCAACUCUGAACCUCAGUGGUGGUUCAGUGUGACCAGGUAUGAACUGCACGACCAGGACCUGGACCCUCGCUGGUACGCAGGCCGAGUGAGCAGAGACCUAGCUGAAGGACGUCUGCGAGAGCUCAACCAGGAUGGCUCGUACCUGGUCCGAGACAGCACCAAACAGCACGCAGGGCAGCCCUUCACACUGAUGGUUCUGUACCACCACAAGGUCUACAACAUUCAGAUACGACUGCAGGGCCACAUGUUCCAGCUCGGGACCGGACUCAAAGUCCAGGAGACCUUCCCCACCAUCAGUGACAUCAUCAACCACUACUCCCAGACUCCUCUGCUACUCAUCGACGCCAAGAAUCGCAGCGCGAACCAACAGAACCAGUGCGUCCUGUCGCACCCGGCAGGACACCACACGGCCAGUCGGACGGGCUGGACCCAUCAAUGAACACAGUUCACACUUCAAAGCUGAAAUUUUACUUUACUACUUUGAUCAACAGCAAAGUCACAAACCCAUCUUAAACGUGUACAGAAACAUCGCCAGCAGCGACUCACGACAUUAAAAAAAAAGAAGAAAAAAAAUACAUUUUUUUUAAACAUAUUCUAAAUGUUUUAAAGCAUCAGUAGAAAUAAAAACGAUCCAACAGUGAGUGUCCAUCAGUCAGGUGUGUCACAGAGGUUUGGGAAGUGCGGUCACCUGUUCCACACACUCGUCGUACACCUCCUGAUAGUCCGGAUGGGGUUUGAUCAGAAUCACACACGUGGGCCGUUUGGACCCGGCGGAGGAGCCCAGGUCCUAGCAACACCACAAAGUUAGCCACACGCCAUUCACAUCUCAAAACCGCC